AUGGCGCAGGAGAUUCUCGACACACUACCGGCGCUCGCUCGCCGCCUCGCCGACGUGCGCGAGUACCAGAUCCCACGGCUUGCCCAGUCUACGACACUGGCGCGCGACCUUGCCGGUGAAGCGAGGGCGGAUCUCGAGAGCGUGCGCGUCGGCUUAGAGGAUGCGAGGGAAACGGCCGAGCUCGCAGGAGCAAGGAGGGAAGAGCUGCUGAGCCAGGUACUGGCGCUUGAGGAUGAGUGGGCGAGCGUGCACCGCGCAUACCGUACAGCGCUCGUCGACAGCAAGCGGAAUCAGGCGAAAGCAGAUGCGCGCUACGAGCUGGACGAGUCGCGAUUGCAGCCGGAAAUAGAGGAGAGCAGCGGCGUAGUUGGUGUGCUCAGUGUCCAGAUGCUUGACUCGUCCACCGAGACACUUCGCAGCACGCAGUCGCUGUACGAGCGGUACAACGACCUGCUGGGUGCGUCGGGCAAGAUUGUGAAGGCGCUCGAGAAGGCGGACUGGUGGGACCGCGCGAUCAUCGCCGCCGCGUUCACGUUCUUCCUCCUCUGCGUUGCGUACGUCAUCAAGCGCCGAGUGCUCGACCGCGUGGGUGGUUUCGCCGCCUGGUGGGUCGGAGGCAGCUUCAGGCUGCUUCGCAUGGGGCUCACCGGCAAGCCGGCGCGGAGGGUAGUCGAGGAUGUUGUGACGCAGGGAGCAGCUGUUGCCAGCGGAGCAGCCGUCACGGGAGCAGCGGUUGCGGGAGCCGCGGGGGCAGCUGCGGGAGCAGUGAAGCAGGAGCUGGACAAGAAGCGGGCAGCGGACACCGACGCUGCGGAGAGCAAAAGCAAGAAGAAGAGCAAGAAGGACAAGAAGAAGAACAAGAAGGCGAAGAAGGGGGUCAAAGAGGUCAAGCAGGAGCCGGACACCGUCACUAUCAUUGAGGAGGUCGUGCCGAGCGAGCCGGCGGACGAUUCGGCUGUCAAGGUCAAGGUCGAGCUUUAG